AUGUCUAAGCGGUCCGGCGACUACGACCACGAGAACGGCCGCGAGAAGCGGCGAGAGCGGGACGAGCGGAGCGACUCGGACGUCGUCUUCCGCAUCCUCUGCCCCCAGGCGCGCAUCGGGUCGCUCCUCGGGAAACACGGCGUGAUCAUUCAGAGCAUUCGCGAGUCCACCGGGGCGCGCCUCAAGCUCGCGGAUCCCAUCCCCGGCACGGACGAACGCGUUAUAAUAAUUUCCUCUCGUAGCGACAAGAAUUUUCGCAGCGGCGACCCUGCGAACGACGGCGACGCGUCUGUGGAUCGCCCGGACGACUGGUCCGUCGCACAGGAAGCCCUGAUUCGCGUGCAUGCGAGAAUCGCCGACGCGGAUGGCGACAAUCGCGAGUUUCGUGGCAAGGACGGAGCAGAGGGUGGUGCUAGUAACGGAGCUGCUAAUAGCGGAGGGACCCCCGCGAGGCUACUCGUGCCGAGCAGUCAGAUCGGGUGUCUUCUGGGGAAGGGCGGCUCGAUCAUAGCGGGCAUGCGGCAGGACAGCGGCGCGCAUAUUAGAAUCUUCAAUAAGGACAAACUGCCGCCCUGCGCGCUGCCCACGGACGAGUUAGUGCAGGUGACGGGCGAAUAUCCUGUGGUCCAGAAGGCCCUAGAGCUCAUAUCCAUCCGCCUCCGUCGCUCGCCUCCUCGCGACCCGCCCAACUUCCUCGCCAUGCACCCCACGUCUGGUUACCAGCCGUCGCCUGGUUACCAGCCUGGUUACCAGGCGUCGGGUUACCACCGCGGAACGGAUUCGUACCCCUCUCGCUCCGCCCCAGCUGCGGCCUUUCCCCCGCUGCACCCCCCGCAAGGCUACUCCCCUUACGCUCCCCCCCAGAGCUACGCAGCCGCGCCGUCUCCCUUCGGGGGAGCGUGGGGCGCGGGCGCAGCAGCAGGGGGGGCGCACGGUUAUGGGGGAAGGGGCGGGGGAGGCGCGGAGGGGGCGGCGGUGGAGAUGGAAUUGCGGGUGCUAUGCCCCGCGGAUAAAGUGGGGAUUGUUAUCGGCAAGGGGGGCUCGCGGAUUAAGCAGAUCAAGGAGGAGACUGGAGCGCGAGUGAAGGUCACAGAGGCCGUUGCGGAUUGCGAUGAGCGCAUCGUUAUCAUCGAUGCCAUGGAGGCGCCCUUCUCCGCCCAUUCACCCACUGAGGAGGCGCUGUUCCGCGUGCAUGCUGCCAUAUCGCAGCCCCACACGGGCGACAGGGCGGCAGGCGCAGGGGAGGAGGGCGGGAGAGACAGCCACGGGGUGACUGCGCGGCUGCUCGUUAGAAAGGGGCAGCCCAAGGUGGAACCCUCCUACCAUGACUCAGGCUAUGCUGCUCCCAGGGGCUCUGGAUGGGAUGUGGCGCCAGCGGCAGCACAAGACUAUGCCAACUACUCACAUGCCUCUGCACCCGCACCUGCCCACUUCUCUCCUCCUCCCGCUCAUGCUGCUGCUGCUAGUGCUGGUGGCUCUGCCGCCGCUGCUGCGAGCAGUGGUGGAGCUUCUGGCGGGACAGGAGCAGGAGGUGGAGCAGGGGGAGUGAUGACGGCGCUGGUGACGGUACCGGCUGUGGCAGCAGGGGCGGUUAUCGGCAAGGGCGGAUCCAACAUUCAGCAGAUCAAAAGCAUAUCAGGGGCGCGAGUGCGCAUGUAUGAAGGGAGGGAGGGGGAGAGCGAGCGCGUGGUGGAGGUGGUGGGUUCAGCCGAUCAGGUGCAGGCGGCUCAAGCCAUCAUCCACGCGUUUGUCAUCAAAGGCACCGCCGCUGCUGAGCGGCAUGCGGAGAGGCGUGAGGCUUACUGA